GUCAGCCAAUGAAGAGAGACCCCACUUUACACACACACACGUCCUCUCCAAAGGCAGUAGGGGAAAAGUCACGUAUUGAUGACAUGGCGUGGACGCUAGUGUGUGGGGCGAGAAAACUUAAAUUGACAUUCCCAUUAACGUCUGCUGUCUCUAGAAGGCUGCUGCGCGAUGGGAGCGGAGCUUUGCGGCAGGUCAGCGCCCCGCAGACUGCCUUCUUCCCCCCGAACGAAGGAGUGAUGCUGCGGCCAGACGCCUUCCGAAAUAAAGUCGCCUUCAUCACGGGAGGCGGCACAGGGCUUGGCAAGGGGAUGGCCGGCACGCUGUCUGCUCUCGGCGCCGAAUGUGUCAUCGCCAGCAGAAAACUGGAUGUUUUAAAGCAAACUGCAGAGGAAAUAACAAAACAGACAGGAAAUAAGGUUCACGCCGUCCAGUGUGACGUGAGGGACCCGGCGUCUGUGGAGGCCGCCGUCACAGAGUUGGUCGGUGUCGCAGGUUUGCCAGAUGUUGUGAUAAACAACGCUGCCGGAAACUUCAUCUCCCCCUCGGAGAAUCUCUCUCCCAACGCCUGGAGAACAAUAACGGACAUUGUCCUGAACGGCACUGCAUAUGUCACCCUGGAGGUUGGAAAGCGGUUGAUAAAGGCAGAGAGAGGCGCUGCCUUCUUGGCCAUCACCACGAUCUACGCCGAGAGCGGCUCCGGGUUUGUGGUGCCCAGCGCUGCUGCCAAGUCUGGGGUGGAGACCCUGUGCACGUCUCUCGCAGCAGAGUGGGGGAGGUACGGCAUGCGGUUCAAUGUGAUUCAGCCUGGGCCCAUAAAGACCAAGGGAGCUUUCAGCCGACUGGAUCCAGCAGGCAUGUUUGAGAAGUCCAUGAUAGACCGGAUCCCAGUGGGCAGACUGGGGACCCCUGGGGAGAUCGCCAACCUGGCAGCGUACCUGUGUAGCGACUACGCCAACUGGGUGACUGGAGCGAUCAUUCGAAUGGACGGUGGAGAGUUUGUGUCAAUGGCUGGCGAGUUCAAUGACCUAAAGAAGGUCACCAAGGAACAGUGGGCUGUGAUGGAAGCCAUGAUCAGGAAGACCAAGGGGUCUUAAUGACUUAUGAGGUCAACCCAGAUACUCUGAUGGGCCGACAGAAGCCUCACAGGACCUGUGAGAGUAGGAUCACCAGUCUGAACCCAAGCAGUAAUAUUCAGUGAGUUUCCUGGGUCACAUUUCAGUCCAGCUGUUAACUGCCUCACUUCAGAUACUCUCUUGAUUAAAUUCUCUUUUGUCUGGAAAAUCUAUAGAAGAUUUAACUUCAUGCCUAAAGUCUGAAAACAGUGACACCCUCUGAUUCUAGCUCACAUGCUUUUCUUAGAAAUGCAUGUAUGAUACACAUGAAUGUGUUUGUCCCUUUGUGAGAGAGUGAAAUGUACUCAGAGCUAAUGGAUUGUUCACUUUAUUAUUCCGGAGGCUCGUUGCUUGAGAGCACUGACUGAUGAAAUGCUAAUUAGUGCUGCUUUGUUUCAAGGUUGAAAACAAAUUCCAUAAGAUGGAUUAAAAGAUGGUGUUUGCGUCGGAAGCCUUUUAAUGUUUCUCUCUGCAGCCUGUAAUUAAUUAGUACGACUCCCUGGUUAGCAGUGUUUAACGGUUCAAUCCGGUCAAAUAUAUUAGAUGGUUACUUGCAAUAAAAACCAGUACAGCCUAAAA